AUGCAACACGAAGUACCUUCUGCGAUGCAAGUUGAGGUUCCACAACAAUUGCAAUCUGACCAAUUACAACAACAUGCACAACAAUUGCAAUCUACACAUGCGACCCUCGAACAGCAAUCGUUAUUACCGCAACGGUCAACUAUUUCAAAGGGAAAAUAUUCUCUUCAUGAUUUUCAAAUAAUGAGAACAUUAGGUACAGGAUCCUUCGGCAGAGUACACUUAGUAAGAUCUGUACAUAAUGGACGUUAUUAUGCUAUUAAAGUAUUGAAAAAAGCACAAGUUGUACGUAUGAAACAAAUUGAGCAUACAAAUGAUGAAAGAAGAAUGUUAAAAUUAGUAGAACAUCCAUUUUUAAUUAGAAUGUGGGGGACUUUCCAAGAUUCAAUGAAUUUAUUUAUGGUAAUGGAUUAUAUUGAAGGUGGUGAAUUAUUCUCAUUGUUAAGAAAAUCUCAAAGGUUUCCAAACCCUGUAGCAAAAUUUUACGCUGCUGAAGUGACUUUGGCACUAGAAUAUUUACAUUUUCAUAAUAUUAUUUAUAGGGAUUUGAAACCAGAAAAUAUUUUAUUGGAUAGGAAUGGUCAUAUUAAAAUUACAGAUUUUGGAUUUGCUAAAGAAGUCGAAACUGUCACAUGGACCCUGUGUGGUACUCCUGAUUAUAUUGCUCCCGAGGUGAUUGCAACAAAACCAUAUAAUAAAUCAGUAGAUUGGUGGUCUCUCGGGAUUUUAAUCUUUGAAAUGUUAGCAGGGUAUACGCCUUUUUAUGAUUCUACACCAAUGAAAACAUAUGAAAAGAUUUUACAUGGUAAUGUUGUCUAUCCAUCAUUUUUCCAUCCAGAUGUUGUAGAUCUAUUAUCUAAAUUGAUCACUGCAGAUCUAACAAGAAGAAUUGGUAAUUUACAAAGUGGAUCUGAAGAUAUUAAAUCUCAUCCAUGGUUUAGUGAAGUCGUAUGGGAAAAACUAUUAAAUAAAGAUAUUGAAACGCCUUAUGAACCACCUAUUACUUCUGGUGUUGGUGAUACUUCCUUAUUUGACCAAUAUCCAGAAGAUAAUUUAGAUUAUGGUAUUCAAGCUGAAGAUCCAUAUGGAGAAUACUUUACAGAUUUUUAA